GGUGAAAGACUGGAAGGCGGAUAACAGCAUGAACGGGUCUGGACAGGGGAAGGAUGCGGAAUACGGUAGCCCGCCGACCAGCCUGCCUUCCGAUGGUUUCAGUCGUUUGACGUGAGGAUGUGCGGAGAAAACGAGACAGGCCUGCGGUUUGUUGAUACACCGAGCACGGAGGAAGAGCCUGUAAUUCACCCGUCGCCUCAAAUUAUCUGUGACACCGAGGGUCGCUUGGUUUAAUUGUGUAGGUGAUUAGAUUUCCAGCGUAGGUUUUUUUUUUACAAGGCUACUUUGUCGCUUUUUAUUAGCCUAACGUCGAGAAAACCAGAGUAUAAGUUAACACAGACCCGCUUCAUAUUUUCUACUGCCAUCAUGGUUUUAGCCGUCACUUUAGCAUCAUCGCCACCUGAUCUCUCCCCCUGUGCCGCUGCAGACUGGAUGUCAAAUUGAACGGAGCGCCGUCAAGUCAAACCCAAACACACCAAAAACACGAGUUUACCGAGUUUCAACAUGGAGGCGUCGACGUUACAGCCUUGCUGGUUGACAUGUCUGUUUAUAUGGACCUCGUUGUGUCUGCUCAGCAGCGGUCAAUCCGCGCCGGGCUCCUCGGGCCUUCCUCUAGCCAUCCGCGUGCCACUGCGGCAAGGAGCUCGCGCCGAACAGACACCGCCACUGCCACCUGCCGCCACCGCGAACCGCGAGCGCGGCAACACGGCGAAGCACGCCGCGCGCAGGCGGAGAGGAGCGGCAGCGGGCGGUAUCAGCUUCGUGGACAUGAUUGAUAACCUGCGUGGGAAGUCCGGUCAGGGGUACUACGUGGAGAUGGCCGUGGGCUCUCCUCCGCAGAAGUUGAACAUCCUGGUGGAUACAGGAAGCAGUAACUUUGCUGUCGGAGCAGCUGCUCAUCCCUUCCUGCGCAGAUACUACCAUCGUUCACUCUCCAGCUCAUACCGUGACCAGGGUAGGAGCGUGUAUGUUCCCUACACCCAGGGUCGCUGGGAGGGGGAGCUGGGCACAGACCUAGUUUCUGUUCCUCAUGGCCCUAACGCCACCCUGCGCGCCAAUAUCGCUGCGAUCAUCCAGUCAGAUCGCUUCUUCAUCAACGGAUCCAACUGGGAGGGAAUCCUGGGACUGGCCUACGCCGAUAUAGCUCGGCCUGACGAGACAUUGGAGCCUUUCUUUGACUCUCUGGUUCGCCAGACUCCUGUCCCAAACCUCUUCUCUCUCCAAUUGUGCGGAGCUGGCUUCACCCAAAACUACUCCCUGGGCAGCGCUACUGUCGGCGGCAGCAUGAUCAUUGGAGGAGUGGAUCCAUCACUCUACGUGGGAGAGCUCUGGUACACUCCCAUCCGCAGGGAGUGGUACUAUGAGGUCAUUAUUGUACGUAUUGAGGUGAAUGGACAGGACCUCAACAUGGACUGUAAAGAGUACAACUAUGAUAAGAGCAUCGUGGACAGUGGCACCACCAACCUUCGGCUGCCCAGAAAGGUCUUCCAGGCAGCAGUCAAGGCGAUUGAAGCAGCCUCUUCGACAGAACAGUUUCCCUCUGGGUUCUGGCUCGGGGAGCAGCUGGUAUGUUGGCAGGCCGGCACAACACCCUGGCACAUCUUCCCAGUCAUCUCCCUCUACCUGAUGAGUGAAAACCACAACCAGUCCUUCCGAAUCUCCAUCCUACCGCAGCAAUACCUGCGACCAGUAGAGGAUGUGGCUUCUGCCCAGGAGGACUGCUACAAGUUUGCCGUGUCCCAGUCUAGCACCGGUACAGUGAUGGGGGCCGUCAUCAUGGAAGGCUUCUAUGUGGUCUUUGACCGAGAAAAGAAACGCAUUGGCUUUGCUGUUAGCACCUGCCAUGUGCAUGAUGAGUUUCGCACAGCCUCUGUGGAUGGCCCCUUCCAUGGCGUCGACCUGGAGGACUGCGGCUACAACAUUCCUCAGACAGACGAAUCGACACUAAUGACCAUCGCCUACAUCAUGGCGGGAAUCUGCGCUCUCUUCAUGCUGCCGCUGUGUCUCAUGGUGUGCCAGUGGCGCUUCGCCCGCUGCCUCCACCCACACGGGGACUUUGCUGACGACAUAUCACUCCUCAAGUGAAGGAGGAGAAGAAGGGGGACACAAAAAAAGAGUCGUAGAGACCUAUAGUUUAAACACAGGACAGGGACGGAUUGUGGUAAAAGAGAUGUACAUUGUUACAGAAUGUUGGUGCUGUUGAAAGAGAGCUUUACAACGGCUCUUUAGGAAUAUAGUAUGUGAAGUAUAAAAAGCUGACACACGGUGAAUACACAGUGAACUGUGCUGCCCUCAAAUUUGGGUGCACUUGAGGAAAACUUGGGCAAUUACUAACCUGAAGGACAAACAAGAGAAAAGACAAAAGUUGGUGUCAUCAGUGUCAACUUUGCCUGUUUAAGCUACCUAUGCAGAUCAGCAUGGCUAGAAGAGCUGAAGUGGGGAAAACAAAAAAAAUCUGUUCUUUGUUAUAAAUAGUGUAUAAAUAGAUCACAGAGGUGGGUCGGAUUUAGAAUUUUGAAAAAUUUGUCUCUUAAGAAGUUUGGGGAAAUUGAAAGAGGAAACAGACCGUUUACAAACAUGGAUCAAUGAAGAAACUCACAACCUGGAUGUGAAGCCACCAUGUAGUCGGACAUGGUUUGCUAAAUGAUUUGGACACGUGAGAGUGAGGUUACACGUGUGUUUAUAGAUCUCCUGUUUGUGGCUUAUGAGUGAAUGAAACAAGGUUUACACAUGUGAGCAUGUCUGUAUGUGUGAAAAGCUGUAUUGUAAGUGAAGAGUAUACAGAAAGAUUUAAUGAAAAUUAUACUAAGUAUGAAUAGCAUCUAUGAAAUCACACUAUUUUGCAAAUGCCAGCAAAGAAUUCUGCAAGCCAAGUUAAGUAAGCAUAAAGAGGCUAAUUAAAUAUCAGAUUGUAACAGCAUUUACUGCAUAAAAUCAGUUAUGCUUAGUGUCAAACUGAGAGAACUGAACAGUCAGUAUCAGAUGUCACUUUUUUCUCUUAUAUUGAUAGCUUAAAUAUAUCUAUUGUACAUAAAAUGUGUGCAUUCCAGAUGCUCUAUUUGUGCAGGAACACACACACAGAAGAUACACUGCUUACACUACUGCUGCACCAUCUGAUUAUUUGCACAUGUAACAACACAACAUGUUAACAAACCAAUACUUAAUAGGGCUUCUUUCACAGUCACACAGAAACAGCCUAACUCACCAUCUUUCAAUGGGGACCAUAUAUGCUUAGACAAGGAAACCAGCCCAAAGUAUGUUACACACUAAAGGACACUAUGUAUGUGUACAAGGGACACUUUGUAUUGUCUCUCAGCAAGCUGUAAAUAGAUAAACUCAGAACUGUAUAUUUAUCUGUCAGGCUCUGGCAGCACUGUUGAAUCAAUAAAGUACUUGUAACUGUAA